CAACCUUCGUCCGAAACGCAUCAAACGCGCACCACCUGCUGCUAUCGCUGACUGCAGCCCUAAACUUUUCCACCCAUGGCCUACUACUGUGCCCUCGGAUUCCGAUAGAUUCGUUCAGGUUCAUCUGGGCUGCAGCGUGUGCAGAUUCGUGACGUUUCCCCAUUGUUGUUGUUCCCCGAAAAUUAGUGCAAAAAGUGUGACGCGAGUGGUGAAAAUUAUCCGAUCCGAGAAAAUGCCAUCAUCAUCAUCGUCAUCAGCGCAAAAGGUUGCCCCCGUCCCGGGUGAGGGGAGAACGUUGUUUUAAAGUUGAAAAUUGAACAUUUUUAGAUACCAGGUAAAGUCGUGAGGGGAACGGAAAAAGUGAACGAAGAAGUUGUUUGAUUUUUUUUUUCUCUAUUUUUGGCCAUUGGCCAUUUGGUGCGAGGGAGGGGAAGUCGACGACGGACGCCCGGACGAAGGUUCCCCAUUUAUAUUUAUGGGUCUCCAUGGGUGAGAGAGCAAGCGUAACGCGAGCGGGGAGAGAGUGAGCGAAACGUGGUGCCCCCGGAAUUUUUCUCGAGUGUUUGAUUGUUUACUAGGCUGUUGGUGGAAAAUGAUGUCGCCUGCCUGUUGAAGUGCAGAUUCUCUUCGACGACGGCCAUCCAUCGACACAGAGCAUAUCGCGUGCAGCAGCGCCCCCUCCAAAACGUGUGUGCAGAAACACCUCAGCUCUCACAGUUUGGUGACAGACAUGAGAACGGACGGACGGCGAUCGGCGGACGUCGUUUGGUUGGUAGGCGAUCGGAGUGACGACAGUGGCGGGGACGGUGGAGGAAUAAGUUGUGAAUUUGCGAACGGCUCGGGGCGGACUAGGCGCAGGCCGGUGGCGAGGCAACAAACGAUGAAAUUUGCCUGCGAAAGUGCUCAUCAUCUCCCGGUUCAGUCUGCCAGCUGAGCUCGACGGUCCCAGUUCGCGUCGAAACACGUGCCAGUCGGUUCCAUUUCUACCCGCGAUCGUCCUGGAAGCAGUGCCAUGGCGUCGACCGCCGCAAGUGCUGACGGAUUCGUUCCCAACGGAAACCAACGACCGACAACGGAAUGUGAUAGCGUUAGUGAUAGUGAUAGGGUAGUAGAUUUAGUGGAUCCCGCGAAUGUGGCCCGCUUCAAGGCCGAACUGGUGGCGUUCCUCGGGGAAUUGUACUCGCCCGAUCAGCCCUGGGAUCUUGACGUAUUUGAGGGCUACGGGCGAGGGAUGGUGGCCACCCGUGACAUUGCAGAGAACGAAUUGAUCUUCCUGGACCGGCCCAUCCUGGUCGGUCCCCGAGUCAACAACUACGAUGUGAUAUUCUGUGCCAGCUGUUGUAGAAUACAGAAGAAGUUAACCCUCUGCAGUGGAGGCUGCCGUCUACCGAUUUGUCCGGACUGCGAUGUUAGUGCAGCUCCGGAAACACCCCAUUCCGCCGAGUGUCGUGUCAUAACCGCCUGGCAUCCCAAAGACCAAAAGCGGUACUGCAAAACCAUCCUGUAUGCCCUGACAUCGAUCCGAGGGUUCCUCAUGGACGAUCAUCAGCGCUCGAUCGUGCUCAACAUGGAAGCCCAUCCACCGCGCAAGGACAUGAUCACCGAGGUUGAACGAAUUCUCAAGGAUGAAGUUUUCAGCAACCUACCGGAGGACAGCCCCAAUGUGCGCUACCUUCGCCAGAUUGUCAACGUACUCAACACCAACGCAUUCGAAACGUUCCGAAUGGUUCAGGACGAGGAAAACAACGAUCACGAAAUCAUCCUCCGCGGUCUGUACAUACUGGGAGCUCUGAUGAACCACUGCUGCUUGCCUAACAUUCGGUACGUGUUCGACGAGAAUCUGGUGAUGCGAUGUUAUGCCUCGAAGCCCAUCGGCAAGGGCGAGCAGAUCUUCAACAACUACUCCAAACCACUCUGGGGAACGCAGCAUCGGAUCAUCCAUCUGUGCUUCUCGAAGCACUUUAUGUGCGGCUGCGAACGCUGCCGGGAUCCAACGGAACUGGGCACCUACCUGGGAGCGUUGAAGUGCGUCCGGGAGAACUGUCCGCAGGGUCGAAUGGUUUCGCUGAAUCCCCUGAAGGUGUCAUCCGUUUGGCAGUGCGACUCGUGUGGGCUCACCAUGAGUAAUGCCAAGGUCACCAAGAUCCAGGAGAUUGCCGGCCGGAUGAUCCUGAACAAUGCCGUCAAGAAGGACGCGGCGUAUAUUGUGGAGUACCUGAACGAUCACGUGUCCAAGUUUCUACUACCGUGCAAUCAGUUUACGGUGGAGCUGAAGCUUCAGGCCAUCCGGAAGAUCCAGGACGAUUCCAGUUUGGAGUUGCUGGUGGAGAAGGAGAAGUACUGCUUGGACAUUUUGGAGAUACUGGCCAAGCUGAGCUAUGGCGAGUGCUUCGUAAAGGGAGUGCUGUGCUACGAGCUGUUCAAGGCGCGGAUGGUCAUUGCCGCCCGGCAGGAGACGUCGUUUCCGGACGAGGAUGUGCUUGCUCACCUGCGCAGUGCCUGGAUUAUUCUGGGCUGCAGCGGAAAUCGGCCCCGGGACUUGGAUCAACUCGCUCAAAGCCACGGUUGUAAAGUUUGACAAUCGACAGUUUCAAAACGAUGCGAUCAGUAGGUGCUGGAAGAGGAGGAAGAAUAUAAAAAAUAAGAAGAACAAUCAAACGGUUGUGCUUCCGUUGUCCUUAGUAACAAGAAUUGAUACGGAAACAGAGGGUUGUUUUAGUCAGCAAUCAAAGCAAGGCACCCGCACAAACACGAACGAUGCACAUUUUUGUUCCACACAGUGAUAUAAUUACAGAAUAGGAAAGCUAAUAAGCAAAAUAGCAGAGUGCGAUGGUCGAUGAGAUUUCAAGUUUGAUUGACAGGUAGCGUGCAUUUAGGACAAUUUUGCUCACAAGAAAACAGUUUUUUUUUUCUCUUAAAGACAGCGAAGGAAUUUGAAACGUACACGAAAUGACACUGACACUCGCGUUGCCGUGGUGAUUUGCGUUUUUUUCUCCCACGCAUACUCUAGCUUUAGGCCCCCGAUGGACCUAAAUACGAUUUUGAAACAUUUUUAUAUCGUACUGAAGGAGACACAAGCAAAAUUGAAUGCGUCGUUCUUGCUCUAGGUGAAACGGCACUAUGAAUGAAAUAAGAAGACAAAAAAUGAAGUAAAUUAACACAUGUUAUACACUCGGAUUGACGCACAAAGACUGGCACCUUUCGCGCACCUCGUCCUUCUCUAAAUCGUUAAACUGUCCCAAUGUACACAUCUCUAUCCGCCUUCUUUCCGACCAGCUAUUUACAUUUCUCUAAUUCUAGCCGCACGGUUUCGCGUCUUUCAAAUCUGUCCAUUUGUUGACAUAGAAAAAAAAAUAAGACUAGGUAUCUAUUUCCAGCCAUUACACCGACAAGCGUGAGACUCUUUAGGCUAAGUCCUCUUCCCGUUUGUCGAAAACAUUAUGAAAGUUUUCAGCUCCUUUUACAAUUUUAAAUCUUAAAACGAUCUUCUCAAAAGGCAGCAGAUGGAAAUCAACGUUAAAAUAUCAACCCCAAAAGAAUAAAAGACGAAGGAAAUGAAAUCACAAAAUAUCGAAAUAUUUAUUCUCCCUCUCUUUCUAGUCAAGUUCCAAACCAAUAUAAUAUAGGCAGCAGAUUUUCCCUCAACAAUUUAGACAAAUCAAUACGAAGUA